CCUCUAUUAUUCAGCUGAGCAAAUCUUCCUUCGUAAAACUGCCUGUUAUUGACAAAAGUCAGAACUCAAGGCUCAUGCUUGAGAAGUUCGGCAUGAAGAAACGCAGUGUCAGCAAGACCAAGGUGUAUGACAAUGAUGGAACUCAUUGAAAUAGUUACUAUGGAACUCCUCAGAAAAUUAAUAAUCAGAAACAAAUGCACCGAACUGUUGAGAAGUAUAUAGAUCGAUCAGACAAAGGUGUAGUUAAAUAUCGAGCCAAGGAUGAUACCUCUAAUGCUCAUAAUACUCGUUGUAGCAUUUGUUGGUAAAAAUCAAGCUUCUUGCUGAUCACUUUGAUCCAAAUUUCAGAGACUCAUCCCAAACAACAAUAAAGCGAAUUUGCCAAUAAAAAUCAAAGGUAAAAUCAUCCUGAAUAGAAAGCUGGGGAGGCCAGCAAAUAAGCUUUCAGAAGACGAAAGUGAGGAAGAAGAGAAGGUAUUUACGAUAAAUACCUGUCAUGCCAAGGGCGAGAAGAACACACUCAAGGAGGUAAUCAAGCUAGAGGGGUAUAAGGAGACCAAAUCUAGUGGUGAAGGCAACUUGCUUUGGUACUACUCUGCAUUGAGGGAGAUUGACCUUAAGAUCCUCAGUAUUCGUCAAUGCAUGUUUAACAGGUACCCUCGUGCAAGUACUAUCUGACGGAAGAGGCAAUUUCAUAUUUUACUAAAGAAGUACCAGAGAUACUUUCCUGAGGACUACGACUUCAUCCCAAGGACUUAUUGUCUCCCUGAUGAAUAUAAGAGUUUCAAGAAGCGUUUUGAGAAAAAGAAUGACUCCUUUUUCCUGGCUAAGCCAUCGAAAGGCAAAGGUGGUGAUGGCAUCUUCUUCAUUAACAAGUCUACAGCGAUUUCAAAGGAAGAUAUGAAGCAGAACGAGUAUAUCGCUCAAGAAUAUAUCAAGAAUCCUUUGCUAAUUGAUAAGAAGAAAUUCGACUUCAGGCUCUACCUCCUUAUCAAAGGGGUUGACACUAUGAAGGCUUACAUUGCUUUUGAAGGCCUUGCUAGGUUUUGUACUGAGGACUAUACCAAGCCUAAGAAGUCUAAGAAGGAAGAGGGUGAAGAUGAUGCUCCACUGUAUAAACAUCUCACAAAUUUCUCAUUAAAUAAGAAAAAUGAAAAUUAUGUAUGAAACAACGAUUUCGAGAACAAUGAAAAUGAAGGGAACAAGCGGCUGCUUUCCACUAUUUUCAGGCACCUAGAGAACGAAGGGGUUGAUGUUGAUGAGAUCAAAGACGAUAUCAGGGACAUUUGCUCUAAACUGGUCCUCGCACUUCAACCUUUCUUGGUAAAUACAUUCCAUACAGAUAUGGGUGUAGGGGAAGAAACCAACCAGAACUGUUUCCACAUUUUUGGCCUAGACAUUCUCUUGGAUGAAAAUUAUAAGUCAUGGGUGAUGGAGAUCAACUGAUUUCCAAGCUUUAAUUACUUCUUUGACAAGACAGUGAUGGAUUCUGAAACUGGGAAGUCGAAAUAGCAUCAAAAUCGUCUCAGAUUUGGACAAAUACCUCAAGCCCAUAGUUGUAAGAGAAGCUAUUACAAUUGUUAGGGAUGGGAAGAUCCCUAAAGACUCGGUAUUUGACCAAGUCUUUCCGCCUCAGGACUAUCCCGAGGAUUACCGAGACUUCACUAUCUUCAAUGAAAUUAGGCUUUUGUUUGAGAUUCUAGCAGGAUUCAGGAAGCCGGACAUUCUCACCCUCGCACAAUUCCAAAAGAUCUGUUACUUUCCAGGCAUGAAGACUGAAACUUUGGGGAAGCCAGAAUAUGCUAUAAUAUUCUCCCAGUUUGCUAAGAGGGGAAACAAGUCGUUUAUGACAUUGGACAACUUUGGAAAUGCGCUAGAGCACUUGUCCAAGGUGCUCAAGAUCGGAAAGGAUGCUAACCCAAGACCUCUGGUCCGAAAGCUGCUGAAAUAUGCCCAGUCAAAGGCAUGUUUCUAACCUUGGCUUCUUGAGCAGUUCAAUAAA